AGGAAUUUAACAACUCUGUAUGCCACUUUCAUUUAUAUCCUCAAGUUUUAUACCAACAAAUUUAAAUGUAUCUAUAUUUUGCGUAGAAAUUAAUUAAAUUGUUUUUAAAGAGAAAAUAUUUUAAGUACAAAGUAAAAAAAAACAAAGUUAAAGAUAUAUAACCGACAUCAUGGGCUAUUUAUAGAAUAAUAAAUUCCUGAUCGGAUUUCCAAAAAACAACAUGGCAGUUGAAGAAAUCAUAUUGAAAGUAGAAAUUCCGAAUGUGGUAUGUAUCUAAAAAUCUAACAGGAAAUGCAAUGGGUGCAUGGUGUAAAAAAUAUCAGUGAACCAUGAAUACAGAAAAUGAGUGUAUGGCUUUACUUUCUAAAGGUGACAAUGAAUACCAUCUCACUACGUCAGAGUUGGAGGAAACGGCAUUGUUACACCAAGACAUGGUUCCCGAAUGUGUUCAAACUCUUAAUGAUAAUGAUAUUCCAAUAAAUUCAUCUUCUGAUAUUCAUCAAACUUUUACCGGUGAUUUUUAUAUGUCCCCUGAUACGUUUGAUGAAACAUGCGUUAAGGAUCUAUUUACGGGACAUUCACAGUCAACUGAAACUGAAACAGAAAUAAAGCCUCCAGUCAUGGAUUAUUUUGAGCAGCCGGUUUUCAAACUUCCUCCAGACAAAAAGUAUCAUAUAUUCGUUGCACAUUCAUCUGAAGAUAGUCCCGAAGUCAAGGAUCUCUGUAUUGAAUUAGAAAAACGUUUCUUUCUUAAAUGCAUGAAUUAUGAAAGAGAUUUUAUCCCUGGAAAGUUAUUAGACGAUAACAUUUAUGAUGAAAUGAAGAACAGCUCAAAAAUAUUAAUUGUUAUAAGUCCAAGUUUUCUAGAUAGUUACUGGUGUAUAACAGAAGCGCGCCAAGCAUUUCAAAUGGCACACGCAGACGGAGACAGCUUGAAAGUCAUACCUAUCCUUCUUCGUCCUGUCAAAAAGGAAAUCCCAUCCUUUCUGAAAUCAUAUCGCUAUAUAGAUGCUCUUCAAGAAAAAGAUGUUGCAGCAAAGAUUAUGGACGCAUUUUACCACUCAGCUGCAGUAGAUCAACUAUAUCACGAGAAAAAAGCUUUCACUGUAGAAGAAGUGAAAAGUCAAAAUGGAGCUCGAUUGUUAACUAUAGAAGCUGUAAAAUUGACACCUUUUUGUUCGAAUGGAUAUGUGUACGAAUUUGAUGGGCUUACUAAAAAAGAGAAUGAAAUAUUGAAAUCCUCACUGGAUGUUAAUUGCGAAGAACAUGUUGCUGCUAUUUUAAAUCGGGUAAAUUCACAUCCAGUAAUGAGGCAUUACCGAAUAUUUAGUGGUAGGAAAUUUGCCUGUGGUGCAGCAUUAUUAUUGGGAAUGGUAGCCACGGCCUUUGUGUUUGGAUCGUACUUUCUAAGUAUUAUAGUUGAAAAGAUUAUAACUGACUAUUUUACAAAUGUGUUUUUCUCUGCGUUUAUAUUUGGAGGACUUAUAUGGAUAGGAUCAUUCGGUUUACUCUUCAUCGCAAGACGCAAGAUGGUAACAAAACUUCGACGAGAUAUAUGGAAAGUGAACAGCGAUUAUUUCGAAGACAAUAAAUGUCUUAUUGUGUUUGACAACACAAAUAUAAGUAAGCCAAGUCUUACUAUGGUUCGAUAUGAUACGUCUGCAUGCAAGGAAUACGUAGGCAUUCUGUUAGAGAAGAGGCAUCGAUUUACUUACAAGGACGAUAAAAUAGAGGAAUUGGCACAAAUCAUGAUAAAACAAAAGUUAGCACAUUUACAGCAGAAUGGUUUGCUUUGUAAUUGGUUUACACUGGAUAUUUGUGACUAUAACAGACACAACACAUUUCUGGGGAGAAAGUGUCUUUGUCAACUGAUGGAAAAUUAAAUUAUUUAUCCAAAAUAGUCAUUACAGUUUAAAAUUACAUCCAAUUUGCAAAAGAGAAGAAAAAAGAUACAAAAGUAUUGACAUAAUCGUUUGUGUCUUUUCCUUUUAAAAUCUCAAUAGAAAUGAAGUAUUAAGUAUAUUUGAAGUUUCGGCUGUUUUUGUGGUGUAAACAAGAAAGAGUAUGAUAUUUUGACGUAUAAUAGAAUUUUGAAGUAAGUGGUAUAUGAAUCUACACAAUUUUGACAUUUUGUUUAGAACAUAUAUCAAUUUAUAGAUAUUCUGUAUCAUACUUUUUAUGUACAAAUGUAGGCUAACACUGCUAAUGACAGUCGGACCUGUACAAACUGAACCAACCCAACAAAUUAACAAAUCUGACGUCUUUGUAUCUGUUGCAUUAGCUUGUGACAAUGCCUAUCAUAGGUCUCUUUAUUCGAUCCAUUUAUAUACAUUCGAAUUAGAAUUAUUUGCAGUUACUAGAUUAAACCAUGUAUUCAAAAUGUAUCAUGAACAUGCUCCAGAGUAUUUAUGUGAAAAUUUUGAUUUGAAUAAUUAUAAUACCAUGAUAUACCAUAAUAUGCUGCACAUAGUAAUUAUUUUGUACCAAAUAUUAAUAAACUGUUAUCACAGA